AUGGAGACAAUAUCAUCCAGUCUCUCUGCUUCUCAGCCGCUGCCACAACGGCUUAUGAACUUUUUUGCUCGAUAUCCACCCAAACUAUACUCUGCAAAAUUAACCGGAGCGUUCAUACCACUCACACGACCCCCUAAACGAGCAUCGCAGCAGACCUCAAAAGCUGGAUCACCAAUUCCCAACACAUCCACCACAUCAAACACCUCCUCUUCAGGCACUAGCGCUCCUAUGAUAGAAUCUACUUCCACACCACCCCCCGAGACCCCAUCAUUUCCAAUUGCAUCAAUGGAAGAACUUCCCCCCAAUCCAUUCCUCCCCUGGCGCAACCCAGAAACCAAUCGCUGGCGACCGCCGCAAUACUCCCUACGCCGGCAAGCAGAUCUGGUCAAGCUUGCGCAAAAGUACGGUGUUGAGCCCCUGUUACCACCAAGCCGCAAAUCGUCGGCGUUCAAGGAAGCCAGGAUAUUAGAGAAGGGCCUGAGGGUGAGAGGGACGGGUGAAGGACAGAAAGUGAAGGGACAUAAAUGGGAGAGAAAGAUGCCAGCGAAGCUUGAAGUGAGGAGGAAGGCUAUGGAGGGUAUGCCGGAGUUGAUCAGACUUUGGAAGCAGAUGGGUCAUGGAAAAGGAUGGAAGAAGUAUCCAAGAUAA